AUGAUGCCCACCCAAUGGCAACAAACUCCAUCAUUCGAAUGGAAUAGAAUGCCUAACAACAGUUGGAACAAUGGAAACGGUUUACCCCAGUCCACGUUUUGGAUACUUACAGCAAAUGGACAAUGGGUACAGGUUCCCGGCAAUCCGAAUAACAAUUGGAAUUCGAAUCAAUGGGGUAAUCAGACUCCAAUGAAUUCGAACCAAAACAUGGGUCCAAAGAUAAGUUGGAAUCAAAACCCCAACUCUAAUUGGAACAUGGGCAGUAAUCAAAACUUCCAGAAUACCAAUCCAAACGGAGGUUGGAAUUCUCAGAAGAACGCGAAGAACACCAAUUCUGAUAGGAAUAGGAAUUCUACGCAAAGUCCUCAUCCAAUUGGAAAUUGGACAAACCAGCCCAUGAUAACGAGUACACCUCAUAACGCGCCGGAACCGCCGAAGAAAUCGUAUCCAGCGAACAUAAAUAAAAAUGUUGGCGAAGGACAACUACAAAUUGCUUACCAAUUGCUACAGAAAGCUUUGGGUAACGAUUUAAAAGAUAAUUCGAACAUAAAAUUCUUUCCCCACACAAAUAGAAACAAUGUUAGUAAUGGUGUCAAACAGAAUACCAAUUCUAACAACAACGGCUCGAACAAUUCUGGUGGCAAUAAUAACAAUAACAACGUGAGACCCCAGAAUAACAAUGGUGAAAAACCGCAAGAAGCCAGAAAACCGAAUACGUUCCGACCGAAAAUAUCUAGUCAAAUACCGUUACCAGUACACUACUUCGUCAUAAAAGAUGACGGUACAGUGGAAGAAGGUGACCAGGACAACGCCGAUUUCUUUGCAGAAAUCGACAACCUCCAAGAUCAAGACUCCGAUGAGGGUCAAGAUCAAGGAAAUGAUGAUAAUUCGGAAAACCAAAAGGACUAG